GAAAUGCUGAAAUGUUUAACAAGAAAAUCUGAUCCUGUUAGUAAAGCCUAAAGUUACAAGUUAAGAAACCGAAAAUAUAGAGAGGAAAAUAUAAUAGCAGAAGGGGGAUAUGCAUAUAUAUGGAAAUGUGAAAAUUUUGCGAUCAAAAGAAUUUUAAUUUAAUCUUAGGAAGUCUAUAAAAUGGCUAUGUAAGAAAUAAGAAUAAUGGUAUAAAUAUUGAAUGAGCAUAGACGAAAUUGCCAGAACAUCCAAAUAUAGUAAAGUUAUUUGAUUUUGGUGAAAUAAAAAUACAAAACAAAAUGUUUGUUUGUUUAGUAAUGGAACUUUGCUAAAGCAAUUUAUUUAGUGUUUUAUAAAAUGAAAUAUUAACUGAAAGAAGGAUUUUAGAUAUAUUUAAAUAAAUUCUUGAUGGAUUGGAAGUAUUGCAUGCAGAAUAGAUUAGUCAUAGAGAUUUAAAACUUGAAAAUAUAUUAAUACAGGGUGAAACAUUUAAAUUAUGUGAUUUUGGAUCAGGAUCAAAUGAAAUAAUUGAUCUUAGCUAAUUAAAUAAAGCAUAAUUACAAUAACAAGAGGAAUUAUUUUCAUAAACAACUACAAUAACAUAUAGACCACCAGAAAUGAUAGAUGUACUAACGAGAUAGGUUGUAGAUACAAAAGUAGAUAUUUGGUAAUUGGGAUGUAUUUUGUAUAGUUUAUGCUUUCGCAAAUCAGCAUUCUCAGAAAUGAACAAAAUUGGAAUAGCAUAAGCUAUAUUUGAAAUUCCUUAAUCUUAAAUUUCAAUUAGUACAGUUACUUUAAUCCAAAAGAUGUUGUAAUAAGAUCCAAAGAAGAGACCAACUAUAAAAGAUUUAAAGAUAUCUUUAUAUGGUGCAAUAGAUGAAGAUGAAUGGGGUGAAUUCUAAUGA